ACUCGUUCGCAUGCAAAGAAAUACAUAUAGCCUAGGAUUAACCCUGUGCUGCAAAGAUCGAGCCGCGUUCAUUUGCGUGAAGAAAGGCGAAGAGGAUUCGUUGUUUGCCAUAACCUUUUGAUAUGUUCGGUAGACUGAGUGGCGAGAACCACUGAUUUUUGAGAGAACGUAUCUUCCCAAAUUACUUCAGAUAAGUACUCGGGGAUUCACUGACAGGAAUCGAGUUGGCUUUGCAGGGUUAACUACCGUUUUUCUCAUUUCCUUAAAAAAUAACAAGACUAUAUGCUACGUAAUUUAAAAACGGCAGCAUCAACUGCGAUUCGUUUAUGAUCGGUUAUCUAAUGAGCGUCUGCAUCGCCAAACUGGUACGAUUUCGAGAGAAUGAUGGGGAUAAAUAAUACGACGAUUUAUGGAUUGUCUUUCAGUGGACGGAUUUUAUGUUUUUUUAAUUUCUGGGGUCUUUGAACCUGGGGUGUAAGGGCUGUACCGGUCUGUACCUGCCCCUGGAAACAUCGAAAGAAGCAUCAACAGUAGGCUAAUUUCAGACAGUCAGCCUCUUAAGAGCUACAGCGAACUGGUCGAAGUGAAAAGUGCUGGACAAAGACAGAGGUGCUGCCUCUCUAGGGCAUUAUGGACUUCUCUAUGGGAUUCUUCCUUCUGUGGGUGCUCUUGCUAAAGUCAGCGAUAUGUGUUAUAGGUGGCAUCCUCUACCAUGUGCGAGAAGAACAGCCGCCCAGUACAUUGAUAGGUAGUCUGGCAGGUGACCAGGGCUUACCAGACACUGGACAUCUAUACAAGUUGGAGGUGGGCGCCCCUUACCUGAGGGUGGAUGGCAAAACAGGGGAGAUAUUCACCACUGAGAUCCCCAUAGACAGAGAAACACUGAAAGAUUGCCGAAUCAAAGGAAAGCCCUGCUUUCUGGAGUUUGAGGUGUCCAUCACUGACCUCAUCCAGAAUCAGAGCCCCCGGCUGAUUGAAGGACGGAUUGAGGUGCAGGACAUCAAUGACAACACCCCGCAGUUCGCCUCACCUGUCCUCACUCUCUCAGUGCAAGAGAACACACACAUGGGGGCCACUUUUUCCAUCCCGCUGGCCACUGACAAAGACACGGAGAGGAAUGGAGUAGCUGACUAUGUCCUGACUGCCGGGCCAGAGGCGCUUGCCCUCUUUGACCUGCAAGUGACGGAUGACAGGGGAGAGAAAUUGCCUCAGCUCAUUGUGAUGGGCAACCUGGACAGGGAGUUGAAGGAUUCCUAUGACCUAAACAUUAAAGCUAUGGAUGGGGGGAGCCCUUCUCGCCACAGCAGUGCCUUGCUGCGAGUUAUUAUCACUGAUGCUAACGACAAUGCGCCCAAAUUCGAGAAAUCCUCCUAUGAAGCCGAAGUCUCUGAGAACAGCCCUGUUGGACACUCCGUACUGCAGGUCAAGGCCAAUGACUCAGAUCUGGGAGCAAAUGGUGAGAUUGAGUACACCAUCCAUCAGGCUGGAGAUCCAGUGCCCAAGCUUCUACAGAUUGACCGUUCUACAGGCAUCAUAUAUGUCAAAGGCCCACUGGAUCGUGAGGAGAUCAACAGCCUGACGUUUCAUGUCCUGGCAAGAGACAAAGGCCCCUCCCCCAAAAGUUCCACAACAUAUGUUUCUAUCGAGAUAACGGACCAGAACGACAACGCACCUGCUGUGGAAAUCCGUGGUAUUGGUCUUAGGACUCAUAGUGAUGGGGUGGCAAACAUCUCAGAGGAUAUGCCUGUAGGCACUGCAGUGGCCUUGGUGCAGGUUUCAGAUAAAGAUGAGGGAGAAAACGCAGUGGUGACCUGUGUGGUAGCAGGCGACGUUCCAUUCCAGCUUCGGCCAGCUGGCGAUUCCUCCAUCGACAACAAGAAAAAGUACUUCCUGCAAACCACCACACCCUUAGACUAUGAGCGAGUCAGGGACUACAGGGUGGAGAUCGUGGCCGUGGACUCUGGCAACCCAGCUCUGUCCAGUACAAACUCUUUGAAAGUGCAGGUGACUGAUAUGAAUGACAAUUCUCCCAUAUUCUCACCUCCCCUGUUUGAGGUUGAGUUUGCUGAAGAGAACCAACCAGGAGAGAAGGUUCUGGAUGUCAUUGCUGUGGAUGCUGAUAGUGGCACUAAUGCAGAACUCGUGUACAGCAUUGUGGCUGACUCCUCAAUGAGGGGCCUCUUUGAGAUUGACCCCAGCUCAGGGGAAGUGCGAGCUAGAAGCCCACUGGACCGUGAACAUAAGGAGCGCUAUGAGUUCCGCGUCACUGCGGCGGACAAGGGUGUCCCCAGCCAUAGGGGAACCGCGAUGGUUGUGAUCAAGGUGCUGGACAGGAACGACAAUGAUCCAAAAUUUAUGCUCAGCAGUUACAGCUUUUCUGUCUUGGAGAACAUGCCCCCUCUCAGCCCGGUCGGCAUGGUGACUGUGUUAGACAUGGACAAAGGUGAAAAUGCCAAAGUGCAGCUCUCUGUGGAGCCAGAUGUUGGGAAGUUUGUAGUCCAGAAUGGCACAGGAACCAUCCUGUCCAGUAUCUCUUUUGACCGGGAGAAAGAAAGCAGCUACACUUUUCGACUGCAAGCAGUGGAUGGAGGAGACCCUCCCAGGUCCUCCUACGUUGGCGUGACCAUCAACGUCCUCGAUGAAAAUGACAACGCACCCGUUGUCACGAAACCUGCCAAUUCGUCUUUUAGGAGGCUGUCUCCCCUGGCUGCACCUGACAGCAUUGUCGAGGUGGUGGAGGCAGAAGACAUGGACUCUGGUGCUAAUGCCGAGCUGGUGUACAGCAUCGCUGGCGGGAACCCUCAUGAGCUCUUCUACAUCUCUCCCUCUGAUGGGGAGAUAAAACUAACCAAGGAACUGACUCGAAAACAUGGGGGCUUGCAUCGCUUGGUAGUGAAAGUGAGUGACAGGGGUAAGCCUUCACGGCAUGCCAUUGCCUUGGUGCACGUCUAUGUCAAUGAGACCAUUGCCAAUGUGAGCCUAGUGGAGGCUCUGGUAGGCCACAGUUUAUACACCCCAUUGGACACGGACAUCGCCGGUGACCCUGACUACGGUUUGGCCACCCAGAGAAGCAACAUCCUGUAUGGUAGCUUGGCUGGCGUGGCAGGCGUUGUGACGGUCAUCAUAGUGGUAGUCUUCAUCAGGCAUCGCCUACAGAGAGAGACUAAAAGUGGCUACCAAGCUGGCAAGAAGGAGACCAAAGAUUUGUAUGCCCCAAAGCAAGGGCCAAAGAGCAUCAAAGGCAAAAAGGGGAGGAAGGGCAAGCCUCCAAAGGCACCCAAACCUCUUGGGGAGGAAGAGGAGGUCAGCCUCCAAAAGAGCCUGAAAUUCAACAUUGACGGGGUUAACGACAGCCCCAGGAUCCACCUGCCCUUGACCUACCCACCUGGUAGCCCAGACUUGGGCAGACAUUACCGCUCCAAUUCACCUCUGCCCUCCAUUCAGCUCCAGGCCCAAUCUCCAUCUGCCUCCCAGAAGCACCAGGCUGUCCAAGACCUACCUGCCACCAAUACCUUUGUGGGAACAGGAGGAGACGACAACUCUACCGGCUCUGACCAGUACUCGGAUUACAGUUACAAGACCAAUCAGCCAAAAUACAGCACAAAAUCGCUGCCGCACCGCAGAGUGACGUUCUCGACGGCCAAUCCCGUGCAGGACCUGCAGGACACCUCCCAGCAGAGUUACUACGACAGCGGCCUGGAGGAGUCCGAGACCCCCAGCAGCAAGAGCUCCUCCGGCCCCCGCAUCGGACCGCUGGCCCUGCCCGAAGACCACUACGAGCGGACCAUGCCCGACGGCAGCAUCGGGGAGAUGGAGCACCCCGAGAAUGACAUUCGCUCACUGCCAGACGUUGCCAUGACGGGGAACUGCAGUCAGGAGUGCAGUGAGCUGGGCCACUCGGAUGCGUGCUGGAUGCCGGGCCAGGCGUCGCCCGUGCGGAAGGGCCGCAACCCUCCCAAACUCUCCACCUUUGUGCCUUACCAGGAGAGAGGGAGCCUGGGCCGGCUGGCCAACGGCAGUGCCCGGCUCGGCAGUGACGAGCACCGGCCACGCCUCCCCCCCUCCCGCAGUGCCUACUCCAGCAAUGACCACGCCCCCAGUGACCACACCCCACUGGAGGAGGUGCCUCUGAGCGUCACCUCCGAGUUCCCGCCCACCAGCCCCACCUCCAACCACGCCCCCAAACGAGAAAUAUACCUGUGAGCAAAAGUGCCACCUGUACCUGAUUGACGCUCAUCAGAAGAAGUCUCAGAGAUGCACAGCUCAGAACAACUACGCGGAAGCAUCGGACGUGGCUGAAAUACCAGUUGAAUAGCAAAUUCAGGCUCUUAGUGAACAACAAAGUGUGAUUGUCAGUGUAUUUAUAUUUCUAUUUAUUUAUUCAUUUAUUCAUUCAUGAAUUCAUCUAUUUAUUAACUAGAUGACAUUUUUUUACUGUCAUAUCUCGAAAUACGUUACUUUCGCACACGUAUCAUGAACCACGCAAAAAGCAAACAAAAAAACAAACAAAAAAAAAAACAACCCAGCUUUGUUGUGACUGGCUUUAGCUUGAUUAGCCUGUGGAAUGUUUACUGGACCUUUUUAAACGGUGUGACCUGUGCUGUAGUGCCAGAAGCCCCUGCACAGACGGCCAGUGAGGUCCGGCCAUGGAGCCUCUGCCAUCUUAGGCUCCCCCUCCAAAUGCAGGGGCCUUAGUACAUGUACAGCCAUGUAAAUACAUUUGUAUGGUGUGUAUAUAUGAAUAUUACUACCGGGGAUCAAAGAUAAAAUAAAAUGAAAUUGAAAAAAAAAGAUUAAAAAGAGGGAAAAAAAGCGACAUAGUAAAUGAAGCACCCUGUGGUGUUGGGGCAUGCGUGCAUAGGUGUUGGGGCAUGCGUAUGUUGGUGUUUGGGGAUGCAUGUGGUGUUGUUGGGGGAUGUGUAUGGUGGUGCCAAAGGAUGCGUGUGUUGGUGUUGGGGGAUGCAUGUGUUGGUGUUGGGGGAUGCG